UAAAAAAGCGCUGAGCUCACCCUCCCCUCGCCCGCCUCGCCAUUGGCCGCCCGCUGGGUGCACAGCGCCGGGGGGGGGCCGGCGGGGGCCAGGCAGAGGCUGCCGCUGACCAAGGGGAGACCCUCCGCCAACUGCCUCUUGGCUACGCUCACCAUGACGACUUCCUACCGACAAGAGCUGGAGAAAUACCGAGAUAUCGAUGAAGACAAGCUCCUCAAGGAACUCUCCCCAGAGGAGCUGGAGCAGCUCGAUCUGGAGCUGCAGGAAAUGGAUCCAGAAAACUUGAUGCUCCCGGCUGGGCUCCGGCAACGGGACCAGACGAAGAAGGACCCCACGGGGCCCCUGGACCGAGACGCCCUGAUGCAGCACCUGGAGAAGCAGGCAAUAGAAGUGAAGGAACGGGAAGACCUGGUGCCCUUCACGGGGGAGAAGAAAGGGAAGCCUUUCGUCCCAAAAGUUGAGAAGAAAGAAGUCAUCAAAGAAGAGGACGUGAUCCUGGAGCCGGAACUGGAAGAAGCUUUGGCUAACGCCACCGACGCCGAAAUGUGUGACAUUGCAGCCAUCCUGGGCAUGUACACCCUGAUGAGCAACAAGCAAUAUUAUGAAGCCAUCUGCAGCGGCAACAUCACCAGCACGGAAGGCAUCAACAGUGUUGUUCAGCCGGACAAGUACAAGCCGGUCCCGGACGAGCCCCCCAACCCCACCAACGUUGAAGAAACCCUGGCAAAAGUCCGAAGCAACGACAGAGGCCUGGAAGAGGUGAACCUGAAUAACAUCCAGGACAUCCCCAUCCAGACCCUGAAGGAGAUCUGCGAAGCGAUGAAAACCAACACUCAGGUGAAGAAGCUCAGCUUAGUGGCCACCAGAAGCAACGAUCCAGUGGCCCACGCGGUGGCCGAGAUGCUAAAGGAGAACAAAAGCCUCCAGAGUCUCAACAUCGAGUCCAACUUCAUCACCAGCGCAGGGAUGAUGGAGGUCAUCAAAGCCAUGAAGGGAAACAGCACCUUGGCCGAACUGAAGGUGGACAAUCAGCGCCAGUGGCUGGGCGACUCGGUGGAGAUGGAGAUGGCUGCCAUGCUUGAGAACUGCACCUCCAUCACCCGGUUCGGGUACCACUUCACGCAGCAGGGCCCCAGAGCCCGAGCCUCCAUCGCCAUCACCAGGAACAACGAACUGCGACGCAAACAGAAGAAGACAUAAAUUGGGGGUACAAUCCAUCAUCCCGGAAGCGACUUUCAUGGCUCAGGCAUCUCCCCACGGCUAUCACUCCAAAGCAGCCCAAGAGCAAUUCUGGGGCUCACGUGCCCCAACUCAGGUUUUUCUCCUCCCUUCACCUCCGAGGGCCCCCCUGCCUUUGAAAUACCUCUGUAAAUAAAGAGAUCUGAAUGAUG